AAAGAAUUUUUUUAAACAUAAAUUUUUAUUUAAAAGAAUGUUUAUUUAGUAACUGUAAACUAUAAAACCAGAUCAUUUAUACAAAAUAUUGUGACUUUCAUACUAUUGUACAAAAAUGUAUAUUGCAAAGAAAUUUUAAAUUUAGCGCAAAAAAAUGUAUAUUCAGUUUUACCAACACUCAUAAUUCAUGGCGCUUUCAUCGCUUUUGGAAUAUAGAAAACCAAUCGAAAUUUAGCUGAGUGUCGAAAUCUUCAUGAAUUCUUCUCUACGGAGUAUUCUGAUUGGAGUUCCAUUUCGUGUUUUGCAUUUUCCGUUAGUUUAAAGGAAAGUGGUAUCUGUUUUACUUUUUCUCUUAAAAAUCAUCUGGCAACAGUGAAAAAUAAUGUGAUGAGAUUGAACUUGUUUUGACAAUUAAACGUAUUUUACAUUAUAUAUUAUUAUAGACAAAAGUGAAACGCAUUUUAGUUAUGGCCAAUAGUCGAAAAUUCAAAAUAAUAAAAUUUCUCUGCGAAGAAGAAGGCAUUGCGGAUUGUGAUAUAGUUCCUGCCAAAUGGAUUGAAUAUGAUCCAGUAUCUGGUAGUCUUGUGACACAUUUUCCGAAUGGACCAUAUACAGCAAAAAAAUCUAAAGUAAUUCACUCAUUAGUGAAAAAUUGUAAAGACCCACUUGCAGAUUGGCCCGUUUUUGAAAUUUCCUUAAAAGGAGAAGCAGACACAUACGAAGUUGCUGAAAAGCGUUUAGUUAAUUUAAGAGAAAAAGAAUAUGGAUUCACAACAGAUACUACCGAAAAUCACAUUGAAAAGGCAAAACAAUUAACUGAUUCGUAUCGAUUGGCAAAAGAAAAAAAUUUAACUAAAAAAGAAAUAAAUGAGAUUUUGAAAGUGACGGAUUUCAAUAAAGAAUUUGAAAAAAAUGAUAAUUCGGAUUCUUAUUCAGAAGAAUUGGAAUCAUCUCCAGAUGAAAUUGUCUCAUCAUCAGAAAGUAUUUCAGAACAAAAAAAAAAGGAUUCGAAGAAAAUUAAGAAGAGGACCAAUAUUUAUAAACAUUCGGAUAAAAGAAAGUUCAAGAGUUCUGCACAUGCAAAGUCAAAAUCUACAACCAAAGUGGAUCAAUUAAAUUUGCCAACCUCUUUAGAGUCCUCUAAAACUAAACACUUAGUGCCAACUGAGAUGACAGCUGAGAUUAAAGACAAUUCAUUGGAUUUGGCAGGUCCUUCAAACAUUUCUCUAUCAAAAACUUCAAUAGCAGCAAAUAUUCCAGAGCAAAGCCAUCUUUCAAAACCUAUUGAGCAGCCUGAUACUUCGAGAACUUAUAAUAUGGAGACACCUCAACCUUUCCAAAAUGCCGAAAUACUAGAUUUAGGAAAUUUGGUACACACUAAUAAUUCAAGCGAGUUGAUUCUUUUAAACUCAUUUGCACAAACCAAUAACCGAUUAGAAAAUUCUGAUCAGAAAAUUUUGAAUUUACUCCAAGCUCAAACCCAUGAAAUAAAAGAACUAAAACUGGAGAUUGCAAAUAUGAGAAAUUUAUUUGAAGCAUUUUUGAGGUCUCAAAAAUUAGAGACUAGAAGCCUAAGUGAUGAGUUCAAAAUUGAAUUACCUGUAAAAGAUGAAGAAAGCUUGCAAAAGGUCGAGAAAUUAUUAAUAACCAAUGACACGUUUAAAAAUCAUUUCGAGCAAUCCCUGUACUUUCAUUUAGAUAAAGAAAACGUUCUCUCUCGUUCAAUAACGAAUGUUUUAAAAAAAAUUCUGAGCAGAGAUAUUGCAAUGUCUUUUACUGCAAGUAAACUAACUGAAGGAAAAAAGAUUUUUAGAGGGACGCCUAUUUGCAAAUGUUUACUUGACGUUCUGACUAGUCAUUGCAAAACUAAAUCAGUGGAGUUUUCAGAAAAAGUAUUCUAUCAAAAACUAGGAUUAGUUUUAUCGAAUUCAAAAGACUGGGAUGGAUUCCGUCAACAACGAAAAAAAACUGUAGCGGAACCUGAUCAGGCAGAACAGGAAAUUGCAGAAUAAUAUACUUUUUUCGUUGUUAAAUGAUAAUUUUUAAUAUUAAUUAAGGUUAGAAAAUUUCGGAUACAAUUGCAAUAUUAUUUCUAAAUGUGUAAUAUGUAUUUUUAUAUUUUCAAUCUUUACUUUAACCUUUUUUUUACUGUUUGCACUCAAAUUAUUAUUGUAUUUUAUUUAGAAAUUCUCAAGUGUGUAACUUUCUUGAAAUCAUAAUUAGAAAAAAUAUUUCUUUCAACAUUUUGUUUCAUUACCAAAUAUAUGUAUUUUGAAUAGA